AUGUCUCUUCCACACACGGUGACCACCUUGACCUGUCCGAACGGCUCCGUCGUUCAUGUAGUGGGCACCGUCCACUUCAGUAAGGAGAGCGUCCAGGACGUACGGAACACCAUCGCAAGCACUCGACCGCAGGUGGUAGUUCUGGAGCUCUGCAAGGACAGACAGCUCAUUCUCCACUACAGUGAAGAGGACAUUCUAAGGCAAGGCCAGAGCAUGUCUUUCUCCACGGUUCGUAACUUCGUCCAAAGAGACGGAGUUGUUGCCGGAUUGACGCAGUCCCUCUUCCUCCAAAUGUCCGCCAAGAUCACGGCGCAGCUGGGCGUGGCCCCCGGCGGGGAAUUCCGGGCGGGGUUCGAGGAAGCAACGAAGGUAAACGCGGGGGUCGUCCUCGGAGAUCGAUCGGUUGGCAUCACCUUCAAGAGAGCCAUGGCAGCCAUGUCUCUGUGGAAGAGAAUUCAUCUCGGCCUGACCCUUCUGCGCACGCUGGGCUCCGGCCUGGAAAUAUCCCCGGAGGAGGUGGAGGCAAUGAGAGAGAAGGACAUGGUGUCAAUGCUGGUCGGAGAGCUAGCUGCCGAGAUGCCGGCAGUCGCAGAGGUAUUUGUGCAAGAGCGGGACAAGAUUCUGGCGUGUUCGCUGAUGCGAGCUGCGAACUGUGCCCAGGAGCCAUGGGGACCGCCAGCUGUCGUGGUGGGUGUGGUCGGAAUCGGGCACAUCCCCGGAAUUCAGGCUCAUUGGCUAGAUCUCCAAUGCCUUGCCCAGCUGCGAGAACUGCUUCAGGUACCCGUUCCAUCCCGGACCUCCAGGGUGGUAUGGACUGCAGUCAAGAUUGGAACCGGAAUGGGACUGGUUGGUCUGACGGCAUUUGGUGUGUACUCCAUCAUCCGACAUUUUACCAAAUAACUCUUAUCUGAUCGUAGCCGGCCACACCUCCAUCACCAUAGCAACAGCAGCUGUAAACAAUACGUACGUACUACAUAAUCAACAGUGAUAUCUAUUUAUCAUUUUAUCUUACGCGUCAGUUUUUACUAUUUAUUGAUCGAUUUUUGGUCCAGGUAUAAUUUAUUGUUUUCAGUUUGGGUAGCAGUAUUGGAUGCUACCAUCUAAACAUAUGUACAGUUGUUUUUGGAUCUAUUAUUAUUACUACUUAUCAUGACUAUAUACAACAUUGAAGUAAUUGAAGUUAAGAAGAGAGUGUGGGUGAUUUUGAAAGCGGUGGAGCUAUAUAUACAAUGUAGUGAGGUGAGGGGGGAAGGCAAGCGGGUCUUUCGCGUUGAAAAAUGAGAAAGUGAGGUGAUGAAGGGGAGAGGAGGGAAGGAGGGAGGUUAAUUAACUGGAGGUAGGGGCGUGGGGUCUGACAGGGGGAGAAGCGGUGUGUGGUGGGACAGAACUCUGUCCAGGAGACUGGUUGCCACGGGGAUGAAAUGCUCCCUCCAUUCCUCCUCACCUGUCUCGGGUACCUCUGCAACCACAAACACAGACCGUUGGUACACGAGACAGCCAAAAACAUCAGUACAUGGUGCCAUAGACACCAGUGAUACGACAUUACACACUACCACACCACUCGUAUUACAUACUCCAAAUAAAGGACAUUCGCUUUGUUCUGCUUUAUCUUGUUCCAAAACUCUUGAGAAGAGGCCACUGCAUAUAUACACACCGGGCCUCUGAAUAAAGGCCCCACGUCUGUAUAAAGGAUAGUUCCAGCAUGUGUCCUAUACUUGGAGUUCAUACUGCAACAUUACCAUCUGGUGUACAU